AUGGCCGGAAGCGGCUUCAAGUCGACUUUACCACCCGGACGCCAGGCUGAGAUGGGUGCUGGCGGUGCCUUCGCGCCCCUGGACGCGGAGGGGCGUCGGCUGGCCUCAGACGCCGUACCACUGUUCGCCGGGCUUAGCAACGACUUCGGCGAGCAGAAAACGGUGCAGCGUGUGGCCGAUGAUCAGGUGCUGCUCGAGCCAGACGACCAGGAGAGCUCACGUACGAUCCUCGAGCUCAAGAACGACCGUGCGGCACCGGCAGCUCCUGCACCCACGGCUCCGCCGUCGCGGUAUGGCUACUACGGCGACUUCUAUAAGCGGCCGGAGCCGGUGCGGCCGGCGGCAGCGGCUCAGUACGACGUGGCAGCGCAGCUGGCCGGCCGAACCGCCGUGGCAAGCUCAUCAGACAGCUCGCUAAGCGCCGCGCCGCAGCCGACCGCCUCCGAUGUGACCUCCUCUUCCUCCGGGCUGGCCACCUCGCUACCCUACUCUGCACCUCCGCCGCGGUCACUACAGCCCCUACCACCCGCCUCCUACGUCACAAUGACGUCACGCGAGCCCUCCGCGGCGGCGGGCAGCGGCGGUUACACCUACACCACGGCCACGGCGGCACUGAUGACGCCCAGCGUGAUGACGCCGGCGGUGCGUCAUCCAUCGCCGCUGGCGCCGACGGCGGCUCUGCAGCAGGUGUCGGUGAUGUCGUCGAUGACGUCGCUGUACUCGAUGAACGGGUACGGCGGGUACGAGGUGUACCCGGAGCAACGGUACCACCCGGAGGCGGCGCUGAUGCCCCCAGCUGCCUACGAGCCGGUCCAGGGAGCGACCAGUCCCCGUGUGGGCGGCACCUCCCCACACGGUCGAUCCAGCCCUCAGCUUGGUAGUCCACAGAACCAGACUCUCGACCUCACCAUGCCCAGGCAGCAGAUGGCGCUCGGGUAA